UCGUAUUCAGGUUUUGAAGUUGUUUCGUUCAUACGAGUAGUCUACCACUUGUUUCAAUCGUCUGGGAUUUCAAGUAAACGGUGUCUUAGUUUAAGAUGAAAAUCGGUAGCCUUAGUUGCUCUAGUCAAGUGAUCACUUUAGUUGCACUUUUUUUCAAUGUGAGUUCGAACUUCAUCGUGAUCAGUGUAAUAGAUUGGGAAAUCGUGGGAGAUCUAGGUCUAGGAAGUGAUGUCAGAAUCGGUGUCAUCUACGUUAAUCUGGCUGAAUUUUUUUCAUCAUUGGUGGCAAUCAUAUUCAUUCAUGAUAAAUCAAAUUCACAUGUCACAAAUGUUAUGAAAUACUGGUCAUUCGUAUGGAUUGUUCUACUGCUGUUUCUCGAUAUCUUAUUCUCUAGUCACUUGAUCGUUUUGAAUUCAUAUCAACAAAUUUUGGAUAUUUUCAGCUUGGUCAUCGGCUUAAUCAGCUAUUCUGCUUUUAAAAUAUGCAUUGCAGCUGUUGUACUUUCUUAUACCAGUGACAAAACAAAUUUCAUAUAUUGACUGAUGAUGACAACGAUGUUGAACAAAAUGCUUUGACAAACGAUGACAAUGAUGUUUCACCUUUAUCUCUUCCUCCUUCUUAUGAUGAUUUCCUCACACAAUCUGCACCAAUGGUCUUGGAGACGCCAUCGCCACCACCUCCUUACGAUGCUGUAACCGUUAUUUUCAAGUAUUAAAAGUAUACCUAGACCAGGUUUUAUAAAUGACUGGUGAAUUUGAACUCGUAUUCUCUCACAAUUAUUUCAAAAGUUCCUAUAAUUUUAGAACUUUGGUUUAUAUUUUUUGUAAUUUUGAAUUUAUUGUUUUAGAUUUU